AUGGUGUGUUUUUUCCAACUCAAAAAGGCCACGCCAAGGGGACGUGUGAUGUUGUACUUUGGUCGCCUUGGCGUCCUUGGCCUCCUUGGCCUGUUUGCCGUGGGCCAUGCGCUCGAGCCGGGCGAGGCCUUCGAGGCUGAACAGCAGCUGUUGGCGAAAGAGAUCAUGGGCAUUUUCGAUGGAGGCAAUGCUACCUGUCGCAGCAGCCUAAGCUGUUGUACUGGCUCAGCAGCGACGGUGAGCCAAGAGCUUUGGAGCCACGUGAAGGCUUUCGCUCCCAACUACCACGUGCGUGAGCUAUUAGAUUCAACACCCCGCAUGCUGGAACGGCACUACACAUUCUACAACCUUUGGGAUCGCAUGAAGCGUGCCGGCUCGAUGCAGGUUUUCGCAGCAGAUUGCUACUUUGGAGUUGUGGCGAUGCUGCUGAACGCACUGCCUGCCAUUGAGUUCGAGGAUGGCCUGAGCACAGCGCAGGAGAUCUUCCUGACGGCCGUCGAGAUGCUGGAGCGGAACAAUGACACUGAAGGUGCCAACUGGACGAUCCCUCGAGAGCCCCUGGAGCUCCAGAUGCCGUUCUUCUUAGGCCUCUUACCCAACAACUGCGCAGGCUCGAAGCUUCGGAUCUAUGUCUACGACACCCAGUCUUUCUCCGUUGGCUCUAUCUUCUGCUCCGCCGGCCAGUGGGGCGUCGAAGUGCUGCUGCACCGGUACUUUGCGAGUUCGACAUGCCGCACGACGAACCCUGAGGAGGCCGACCUCUUUCUGGUGCCCGACUACCGUGCCUGCCACCUGCAUUUGGCGCCCACCUACAUGCACAAGGGCCUCACCCGGAUCGAAGGUGAUGACUAUCAUUCCCAGAUCAUCCGCAACCACAAAGACAAGUACCGACACCCUGAUCAAGCAGAGGCACAAUUCCAGGAGCUGCUCAAGUCGCUCAAGUACUUUGAUCGGAAGCAGGGCAUGGAUCACAUCUUCAUUUUCUCGGAUCAGGGCUUUAUCGUGAAUUUCACUCACACCUUUCCCUCCUGGCGAGAUCACAUUGCCCACUCCAUUUUUCUGACCACAGAGGCCUUUACACCUGGAUGCGGCCCCAGCUGCUUCUCGCCGUGGAAGGAUGCUGUUAUCCCAGGCCACAUCGACAUGGAGAGGUUUGAACGCAUUGCCAGCUUCAAUCAGCCAACCAGCAAUCGAAGUUUCCUCUUCAACUUCCAUGGACGAUUGCCGGUGAACCACGACUACUAUGAGAAGGUCUCUGUCCGAAAGGCGCUCUUGCAGUUCGAGCGGCUGGCAGAUGUGAGCGUGGGUGGCUUCAUUGAGGAAUACUUCGAAGUCAUGGGCAGCAGCCAUUUCUGCUUGGUGCCAGAGGGCACCUCUUCCUGGACGAAUCACCUUUACGAGAGCUUCUUUGCUGGGUGCAUUCCACUCAUCCUCUCCGACCGCUACGUCCUGCCCUUCCAGGAUCUGAUCGACUGGCCAUCGCUGAGCGUGCGCUGGCCACAGGACGCCGUGUCCUUGGAGAUGUACGUCUACGUGAAGGACAUGGUGGAGAACCGCCGUGAGCUGGUUGAGACGAUGAAGCAGCGCGUGGAUGCACACGCGUGUUGGUUCAACUUCUACAUGCUUGAUGGCCCUUGUUCGCCCUACAAGGCCAUUUUGCACGACUUGGAGCAGCGUAGCCGGAACUUGCCCAAGUACUUGCAUCCAUCCCAUUGGCUCCCGUGA